UUAUCGACAGGAACCGCAUCGUACGGUUCCCCCCGUGGCUCACACGUCAUGCUUGUGUAUAAUGUGCGUGGGAGCCUGAACGGGGAAGGCCUGGGUUCAGACUGGUCCGUCAGUUGUGCGGUUGAUUUGUCUGAUGUUUUUGCAACUUAUCUUCUUCGUGUUUCCUGUUCAGAGUAGCGUUACCUUGGCUCUAGAGUACCAGGAACCCUACCACCAGAUAUACCCACCGGUCAACGAGACGGAUGGCCGGACACCGCUGUAUUUUGCGCUCGUCCUCUCCUUCGGUGGGAGUUACAAGAGCAUCGGAGCACUGCCGGGAAUCCAGAUAGCACUGGACUACAUCAACAGUGAACCCUCCAUCCUCCCUGGAUACAGUCUUCACUACACCCUCACCGACUCCCAGUGUGACCGCUCCACAGCCAUCAGGUCCUACUUUACUCAGAUGACAAAUCCUCCUACUAAGGUAGGGUGGGUGGGGUCAGGCUGUUCCCCAGCCACAGAGCCCACUGCCGAGCUGACUCAAUACCACAACAUUACUCAGGUUUCGUGUGUGACAUCAUCACCAGAUCUAUACAACCGAGAACAAUUCAGGUACUACUUUCAGCUGCUUUCACCUGAAGCUCCUGGGGCAUACGGAUUUUAUUCAAUCAUCAAGUACUUUGGCUGGAGAAAAGUUGGAAUCAUUACGCAAGGAGAAAAUGUGUUCAUUGCAACGGUCAGUUUGUUAAAGAUGCUUCUAAAUGAAGAUAGUGAGGUUGAGUACACAGAGUGGUUUUUCAGGACUGAGCAGAGCAUCAACAGUACUGGUGUUUUUGACUCUCAGGUCAGAAUUUACAUUGUGGAAAUGUAUAGCCACCGUGCAAGAGAAUUGUUUUGUGAGGCAUAUAAACGUGGACUACUUCCUCCAAAGUACACGUUCAUCACUAGUGGGUGGUACAAAGAGAGGUGGUGGGAAGAAGGCUAUUCAUCAGCUGCGGAUUACAACUGCACAGCUGAGGACCUAGCGUCUGUAGCUCUGUAUAGUCUGGCCUCAGUGUUACCAGAGUUCCCCGAUGAGGAUUCUGAUACCAUAGCCGAACCCAAUAUUACACUUCGUGAAUUUAAUUCUCUCUACAAAGAAGCAGUCAGGAGUGACUUUAACUUGCUAAACGGAUUAAUGGAGUACAAUAAUAAACCAUUUACCUAUUCUUACCAAUGUCAUGAAGCAACAUUGGCCUUUGCCAAUGCCCUAAACAACACAAUAGCAGACCUUGCUGAGAAUGAGACACUAAACAGAGAAGCUGCAGAGGAAAGUGGUCUUCCUGAAGGAGAGACCUUCACAAUGGACAACUUCACCUAUGCCAACUCAGCAGUUGUGUCUCGGAUGUUUGAACACCUCCAGAACACCAUGUUUCCUGGAAUAAGUGGUAAUGAUGUAAAAUUCAAUGAGCAGGGUACCAGAAUCAUCAAUAAACUCCGGAUAUACCAGUAUCAGAGAAAUCAAGAAGGUUCGAAGGCAGACAUGGUCCGCUCAGAAGUGGGCGAAGUGCUUCUAACUGGAAAUUCUACAUUUCAUCCCUUUCCAAGUGCAUUAUCUUUUCCAGAGGGUAUACCUAAUGACGGGAUACCAAUUGAGGAUGUAGUGACAGUCUCAGUGGCUCUGACAGUGGUGUAUGUCAUUCUGGCCACCGCUGGACUAGUGUUUGCUGUGGGAUGUCUACUCUUUAACAUCAUUUUUCGCCAGAGAAGAUUGGUUCGACUCUCCAGUUCUAAUCUCAACUACCUGAUUGGACUGGGAGCUAUAGUUCUCUACGUCAAUGUCAUCACUCUCGUCAUUCCCACCACAAACGCAGACUUUGCUGCUAUACUGUGCAAUACCAAUCCUUGGUUGGUAUCAGUGGGCUACUCUUUGUGUUACGGGACUAUGAUUAUCAAAAUGAUCAGGGUCUGGGUCAUUUUCAAUAACAUACUGGAACUAAAAGCACUCAGGUGGAAUUGCAUCCUCUUCAAUAUUCCUCUGCACCCACUGCUCCGAGACAACCUGCUGGGACUGUUCAUUCUAUGUCUGACCAUCAUAGACGUUUUUAUAUUGCUACUGUUCACUGUGACUGAGGGAGUGAGAGGCAACCUUGGAGUAAAACUCACCACUAACCAAGAGCUACCUGAAGAGACCAUUGGUGCAACCGCAGAAUAUCACAAGUACUUUCUCUAUGUCUGUGAAUCUGAGGGGCAAGUUGUCCUCUACGCAAUUCUGUUCGGAUACAAAGGCAUUCUGCAAAUUCUGGCUCUGCUCCUGGCUUUCCGUACUCGCAACGUGAAGGUGAAGGGUCUGGAUGACUCUGUGUACAUUGCUGCCUCUGUGUACGUCACAAGUAUUGUGUUGACUGUCAUCAUUGUCUCCACCUAUACUCUGAGGGACUAUGUGAAUGCCUACCCAGCUGUGGUGGGAAUGGGGUUACUGCUGGGAACCACCAUGAUCCUCGGACUUGUCUUCAUACCAAGGAUGGUAGGGCUCUACAAAGACCCCAAAGGAGAUACAAUCAAUACAGUUAGAACAAGGGAAGACAGGUCUCAGAACUUUGGAAGAAGUAGCAAUGAUAGAGAGCUGAAGACACUUCGUCGCAGGGUUACUGAAACUGAAAUAACCCUCAAAAACAUGAAUCUGAGACUUCUCUCUCAACGUCUUCCUAGUGUUGUGGAGGGAGCUGAAGAAGCUGCUAUUCCAUUAUCGUCGUCCACUGAGGGGCCCUACCACCAGAUCUAUCCUCCACUAAACGGUACGGACGACCGCACGCCCCUGUUCAUCUCAGUUGUCCUCGCUUUCGGCGGGGAACGUGUGAGCCACGGAGCACUGCCGGGAGUUCAGAUAGCACUGGACUACAUCAACAGGGAACCCUCCAUCCUCCCUGGAUACAGUCUUCACUAUACCCUCACCCACUCCGAGUGUAAUAGGGUGGCAGCCUUGAGGUCUUACUUCAGCCAGUUGAAGAAUCCUCCAACCAAGAUAGGGUGGGUGGGGUCAGGCUGUUCACCAGCUACAGAGCCCACUGCCGAGCUGACUCAUUUCUACAACAUCACACAGUUAUCAUGCGUGAGUUCUUCACCCGAGCUUCAAAACCGAGAGAGAUUUCCGUAUUAUUUUCAGCUGUUAGCAACAAAUGUGCUUCCAGCUCAUGGUUUCUAUGGCAUUAUUCAACAUUUUGGAUGGAAGAGAAUAGGUCUAAUAGUCCAGGAUGAAAAACUCUACACAGCAACCGUCGAUAUCUUGAAGAAGAUGUUAGACGAGAAUGCAGAAGUUGAUUAUACUGAAAUUCGCUUCAGAAGUGACAAGGGGUUUGGAAGUGUCAAAGCGUUCGACAAAAGUAUUAGAAUAUAUGUGCUGGCAAUGUACAGUCUACAUGCUCUGGAUGCUGCUUGCGAGGCAUACAGAAGAGGUUUCCAUUAUCCUAAGUAUGUCAUCAUAACUUUUGGCUGGUAUGUGAGACAGUGGUGGGAGAUGGAUGCACCAUCCACCAACUGCACUGCUGAGGAAAGAGCCCAGGUCCUUCUUUAUAGCAUGGCUGCUGUUCCAUCUCAGUUCCCUAGAGAGGGCGACGAGUACAAAGCAGAACCAAACACAACCCUAUCAGAAUUUAACUCACUCUACCAUGAUGUUGUGAAGAGGGAGAUUAACAGCCAAAAUAACUUGCAAAACUACUCUGACUAUAUUUUCCCCUAUGCCUACCAGUGCAAUGAGGCUACUCUUGCCUUUGCUUAUGCGCUGAACAGAACAAUAGCUGAUCUUGCUGUGAAUGAGACACUAAACAGAGAAGCUGCAGAGGAAAGUGGUCUUCCUGAAGGAGAGACCUUCACAAUGGCCAACUUCACCUAUGCCAACUCAGCAGUUGUGUCUCGGAUGUUUGAGCACCUCCAGAACACCACGUUCCCUGGAAUUACAGGAAAUGUUGUCAGAUUCAAUAACCAUGGAACUCGUGAAAUUGAGACAGUUAGAAUACUUCAGUACCAAGGAAAAGGGUUCGAAGGAAUUGAGCGUGUUGAAGUAGGUGCAGUUACUGGUGUUGGAGUAGACAACACAUUUCUAGCCAACAACAUUUCUUUUUUCUUUCCUGACGGUGUUCCUAUUGACGGAGUGCCAAUUGAGGAGGUGGUCACAGUCUCCAUGGGUCUUACAGUUGUCUACAUGAUUCUUGCUGCAGCUGGACUUGUCUUUACCACCACUUGUCUUGUUUUCAUGUUCUACUUUCGAAAAAGGAGGUUGAUUCGACUCUCCAGCCCCAACCUCAAUUACAUUAUUGGACUAGGAGCUAUAGUUCUCUACUUGAAUGUCAUAGUUCUAGUUAUUCCCGCUAAAAGUGAAAACGUUGCUACAGUGAUUUGCAAUACAAAUCCAUGGCUGAUUUCACUGGGAUACUCACUGUGUUACGGCAUUAUUAUUAUAAAAAUGAUACGAGUGUGGGUACUGUUUAACCGACCAUUUGGAUUUAAGACUUCCCUAUUCAAGGACUAUCUGAUGGCGCUGUUUGUCCUGUCUCUGGCCAUCAUUGAUGUAGUCAUUCUCCUAACAUACACUGCGACUGAGGCUGUGAGAGACAACCUUGGUGUGAAACUCACAGCAAACCGAGAACUACCUGGGGAGACUUUUGGAGCAACAGCAGAGUAUCACAAAUACUUUCUCUAUGUCUGUGAAUCUGAUGGGCAAGUCGUCCUCUACGCAAUUCUGUUUGGAUACAAAGGCAUUCUGCAAGUCCUGUCUCUGCUCCUGGCUUUUCGUACUCGCAAUGUGAAGGUGAAGGGUCUGGAUGACUCUGUGUACAUUGCUGCCUCUGUGUACGUCACAAGUAUUGUGUUGACUGUCAUCAUUGUCUCCACCUACACUCUGAGGGACUAUGUGAAUGCCUACCCAGUUGUGGUGGGAAUGGGAUUACUGCUGGGAACCACCAUGAUCCUCGGACUUGUCUUCAUACCCAGAAUGGUGGGGCUUUACAAAGACCCAAAAGGAGAAACAGUCAGUACAUUUGCAACAUCAGGUCAAAAUGAUGAAGCUGAGCAGACUAAAUCAGGCGGUGAUAUGGAGAACGAACUAAAGAAACUUCGUUGUAGGGUCAUUGAGCUUGAAACAACCAUAAAAAGUCACGCCCCGGGGGGUCUUGAUUUGUCAACGUGAAGAGGCUGUCAAUGAAGAAAGCAACAACUGAAGACAUGUGCAGUUUAUAAUCAAACUACUUUUUGUAGACAAAGUAGAACUACGUAAUAAUGUUAAAGUAGAACUGCGUUAAAAAAUGAGUAGAACAGCCUAAUAAUUAUGUCUUUUUGUGCCUACCACAUUAAAGGUUGGCCUAGUAGACUACUACUUUGCAGACAUUUCUUA